CAGCUGAUAGGGAGCAGCUCGCGUUCGCGUGAGAGAGACGGCGGCUGGAGUGUGGCGGAUCGAUCGUACGCUAUCAAAAAUCCGUACACAAACAGCUGGGCCUACAAUUUCUCUCCGAGCACAUGUACAAAUAAGCGUCACCCCGUUUUAUAUAUCAUGGCGUUUCUGGAGUGGAGGCGCUUUAAUUUCUUCGACUUGAAGAAGGAAGUCGACGCGGGGAAGAUCGCCAAAGCGUUCGGGGAUGCACAAGUUGCAGCAGCUACAAGUGGAAAUGGCAAUCUGGUAUUUGGGGACAACACAGGCAAUGUGCAUUUAAUAAACAGAUCAUAUGAGAUUACGACUUUUCGAGCAUAUGAGAUCACACUUACAUUGACACAGCAAGUUCAACACUCCACUUUCCUGUUUACAAUUGGUGAGGACGAGCCUGGAUGCAAUCCUACCAUAAAAGUUUGGAAUUUAGCCAAGCCUGACAAACAAGGCAAUCCAACAUGUGUUCGAAUAAGCAGAGCCAUACCUAGCUAUAGAGCGGUCCCAGCGACAGCUCUAUGUGUACAUAGUAGUCUUACCUUGAUGGCUAUUGGAUUUGGGGAUGGCUCUAUUAUGUUGUAUAGAGGUGACUUAACUCGAGAAAGAAAGAAUAAAAUAAAAGUCUUGAAGGAUGUCAAUCUGUCUAUUACCGGCCUCGCGAUACGAGCGACCGGUAAACAGACUUACCUAUUCGUUGCUACGCAAAACUGCGUGUUCCUUUAUAAUAUUACUGUUAAGGAUAAGGAAUUCAAAUCUACUUUGGAUACUAUGGGCUGCGCACGAAGGUGCAACGUUCUCGCUGAGUCUAUGCAAGACAGCCACUUUAUGAUAGGACGUAAUGACGCUAUUUAUUGUUACACGCCAGAUGGUAGAGGACCAUGCUAUGCAGUAGAGGGUCAAAAGAUAAUGCUAGAAUGGUUCAGAACAUAUCUGGUAAUAGUGGCGAAAGAAGCGGCGAAUGUUCCAAGAACGACAACAACUAUAUCCGCCAAACCGAACACGAUAGAACCAAUACCUCCUGGUGUCGACAAACACAUCAUCACUGUCCUCGAUAUUCAAAACAAGUUUAUCGUGUUCUCCGCGCCGAUGGUGUCUGUCCAAGCAGUCUUGUCCGAAUGGGGUGGAUUUUUUAUACUUAGUGGAGAUAACAAAUUGUAUCAUUUAGAUGAAAAAGAUUUACAAUCUAAGUUAGCGUUGCUUUUUAAGAAGAAUUUAUAUGAUGUUUCUAUAAGAAUAGCUAAAAAUCAACAAUAUGAUGCAGAAGGUCUCAUAGAUAUUUUCCGUCAAUACGGAGAUCACUUAUAUUCCAAAGGGGAUCAUAAUGGUGCUAUAGAGCAAUAUAUAAAAACUAUAGGCAAAUUGGAACCAUCGUAUGUGAUUAGAAAAUUUUUGGAUUCUCAACAUAUCGACAAUUUGACAACGUAUUUGCAAGCGUUGCAUAAAAAUGGUCAGGCAACAGAGGAUCAUACUACUUUGUUAUUAAAUUGUUAUACUAAGCUUAACCAUACCGAUAAGUUAAAGGAGUUUAUUAUGACAAAAGAUCGUGAAGUUGAUUUUGACGUGGAAAUAGCGAUAAAAGUUUGCCGUCAAGCAUCGCCGGAGGAUGCCCUAUUACUUGCACAGAAACAUGGUAAACACGAAUGGUAUCUGCGUAUUCAAAUUGAAGACAAGCAGGAAUAUAAAAAAGCUUUAGAAUACAUGGCAACGUUAGAAUUUGAAGAGGCGGAAGCUAAUAUGAAGAAAUAUGGAAAUAUUUUAAUAGAAAAUGUGCCAAAUGAAUCCACACAGUUUUUGAAAGCCCUGUGUACAAAUUAUAAACCUUCCAACAAACCUCUUGUAGAUCAGGAAGCUUUAAAUGGCUAUACAGAACAACGCGUCGAUAAAGCUAGUCCAGAAGAUUUUAUUCACUUAUUUUUAAAUAAUUCUGAACGACUUGUAGAGUUCUUGGAGCAUUUAGUUAAAUCAGAAACAAGAUGGAGUACACUUAUUUACAAUACAUUAGUGGAACAUUAUUUACACGUUUGGUCGGCAUUAGAUAGCGAUGUAACUAAACUACAAUACGAACAGAAAAUAGUACGACUUCUACAGAAUUCCGAGGCCCGUUAUGACAAAGACCAGAUAUUAAUACUUUGCCAUCAGCAUAAUUUUAGAAAAGGAUUACUUUUCCUUUACGAAGAGAGCAAAUUAUAUCAGGAAAUAUUGAGAUUUCACUUAUGCGAGGGAGACAGUGAACAAGUUCUUGCCACCUGCAAAAGAUUUGGUCAUCAAGAUCCUAAUUUAUGGGUACAAGCCUUGUGGAGCGUAGCUAAAAAUAAGGAUGCACCAACAAAACUUCUUGCGGAUAUAUUAGCUUAUAUCGCUCAAGAAAAACUGUUGUCUCCUUUGAUGGUCAUUGACGCAAUUUCUACGUCAUUGACCUGCACAUUGGGAGACGUUAGAAGUUAUUUGUGCAGUGUAUUACGAACGGAAAACGAGCAAACUCAAGCUGACACCGAAUUAACAGAGAAAUACAGAGCCGAUACUCUUAAAUUGCGGGAACAAAUAGAAGCAAUAAAGAAUAAUACGAUAAUCUUUCAAGGAUCGCGGUGUAGCGCAUGUCAUCAUCAGUUGGAAUUGCCAUCUGUGCAUUUCAUGUGUCAACAUUCGUAUCAUCAACAUUGCUUUCAAAGUUUUUCGGAAAAUGAAAACGAAUGCCCGGCCUGUUUGCCAAACAACAAGAAAUUACUAGAUAUUAUAAGAGCCCAGGAGCAGUCAAAGGACCUACACGAAACUUUUCAUAGUCUUCUCGAUCGCGCGGAAGAUCCAUUUUCUUUAGUAGCCGAUUAUUUUGGUAGAGGCGUUUUUAAAAAAUUAACAGUAAUUACUGAUACAGACAAAUCGUUGCCUACACCGACCAAGUUGGAGGAACCUAAGUUAAAUUAUGGCCCAGGUGCAGAAGCGAGACUCAGGUUAAACGAAGGAAAGAGUUCUGUUUCAGCAGUAAAAACAGAAUCUCGACGAACCGGUUAUGACGUUCCUACGCUAAUAACGGAGGAGCGUUAUCGGACUUUUGUUAAACCAGACGUGUAUUCAUCGUCAUUGGAAGCGAAUAUAUCGGGAACGGGAAGUGGUUUAUCGACGCCACGUGGUAAAGCGUCGCCAGUGCCGAUCAGAGAGGCCCGUAUCUUAAACAGUACUACACCAAAGUCAUCGCCGAUCGAAAAGCCGUUUGUUUCGAAAACUUCCGUUGUGCCAUCGAAUCCCUUUGAGACUGACGAUUAUGAUGAAUCGAAAAAUCCCUUUGCCAAUGAUGACGAUGAUGACGACGAUGACGCGAAUAAUCCUUUUAAAGAUGACGAUGAUAAUGAUAAUGGUCGGGUUGGCAAUGAUGACGACGAUUACAAUAGAAAUCUAAAUCCAUUUGGUAGAUAAGCCGCGAAUACAUUUCCCAUGAGCGAUUUAAAUCGAGAUAAAAUACAAUUAAGUGUAUGUAUAGUACGGAUAAAUACUUUGCGAUACAUAAACAGAAAGAAAAAAUGCUUUAAUAAGUAUUACAUAAUGAAUUUCUAAACUAUAAUACUAUGUAUAAACUUGUGUAAACUUGUAUAGUAUCCACUUCAAUUUUAUAUACUGUAUAAAUUUGAUUUAGGCCGGUAUUUAUAGUUAUAUAUUUAAGAUCAUCUUAAGUAUUGCCUUAAGAUAUUAUCAACCAAUCAUAAACCAAUAUUCAUAGUCGAAUUUUAUAUUUAAGAUCAUCUUAAGUACCAUCUUAAGAUGUCAUCACAAAGCCGUAUUAGCAUCUUAAAACAUUACUUGAGACGAUUUUAAAAUAAGAUUUGACUAUGAAUACUGGUCUAUGGACAUAGGCUGGUAUUCAUAAUUUGAUCUUAAGUUCAAGAUUAUCUUAAGUCUAAUCAGGAACAUAUUUAACACUCCUUUCAAUCAAUGAAAUAACGCUGUCUCAAAAUCAUACUUAAGAUGAUUUUGUAUAUAAGAUCGGAUUAUGAAUAUUGUUCACAGAACCGUAUUAAGAUAUUACUUAAGAUCUAAGCUCUUGAAAUAAGAUUUGAUCGUGAAUACAGGCCUUUAGGAUGGAAUUCAUAAACAGGUCUUAUAUUUAAGAUCGUCUUAAGUACUUCUUUAAGAUGUCAAUCACAGAGCCGCAUUAGCAUUUAAGAUUGCUUAAGACGGAUCUUAAAAUAAGACUCGACUAUGAAUAUCGACCUUAGAGCAUUAAUGUCGUACUUGUCUCACUUCCACAAAUUGAAGACUACGCGCUUUGCAGAUCUUAAAUGUAGUUUAAUAUCUGUCCACACAUAAAAAGAAGCAUUAUUUAAAAUACUUUGCCUUUUUUACCUUUAUGCGGAUGAGCCAUAUUUAUUUAAAUUUUGUCGAUCUUUAAAUGCUGAAAUUUAAAGCAAAAGGAUUGAAGAAUCGUACAAUAAAAAGCAAUCGAUCAAUAAAAAAAUGAUAUAUAUUACUACACGCCUUUGUAAAGAGACUGUGAUCUGUGAAAACAAAAUUUUGGAGAAUAAAGUUAACUGCGGUUGAUUUAAAACGGAUUAUUUCACUGCUCUGCAGCUUCACAUUUGGCUGCUUUUAUGAUUGCGCGAUUAUAACUAUUAAAAAGAAAGUUAGUCAAAUUGAAAUAAAAAAUGACCAUUAUUGUAAUAAUUAAUCUUUUGUGUGCUGCAUCUAUUUGCUCGAAUAGAACAGCAUGUGUAAAGGUAUCGAAGAUAUGUACGAAUUAUAAGAUUGUAUAAUUAAUUAAUAUAUUAGAAAUGAAGAAAUAAAAAGCUUGAAUCUA